UUGCAAAAUGACGACAUCGUCAGGUCAUUAUAUUGUGUUGUCGCAAAAUCCGUUGCGUUUUGAACCUGUAGGUCGGUCCAACAGCGUCUUUUUUGAUGAAGCAAACAAAGAGGUGUUUGCUGUUAGUGGAGGAAACAGCGAGGUGUUCGUUAAAAGUUUAGACCGUCGUCGCAAUGCCACUAUCAAAAUACCUAACAAGGGUCCAGUCGCUUCAAUCAAGUUUUCUCUUGAUCAUAAGAUUUUAGCAAUACAAAGAAGUCCACAGAUGGUGGAUUUUGUGAAUUUGGAGAAGAAAGGCGAUGUUUCUGAUUAUUCUCAACAGUGCAAAGGUAAGGUGACUCAGGUCAUUGGAUUUCAAUGGACUGGAAUCAACGAAAUUGUAUUUAUCACUAAUCAAGGCAUUCAGUUAUACCAAGUUAUACCUGAGAAGCAGACAUUGAAAUGUCUGAAAACGUAUAGUGUCAGUGUCAAGUGGUUUGUCUUCUCGUGUGAGCUGAAUGUAUUGCUCUUGUUUUCUGGGCAUUCCAACACGAUUAUUCACCCUUACAUGUUUCGGGCCAGUUCUAUUGUACGUAUUCCCAAGUUUGAUGUGGAAUUGCCACAGGCAGCUACAGGACAGACAAAAGCACGCCUUUUGGAACGAGAUGUCACAAUUGCUUCAUUGUACAAACAAACAUUUGUUGUUGUUGUAAAAAGCUGGUCCAAGAUGUCAGGAGGGGCUGAAAUAGUUCUUUAUUUGCUGACUAAGGAGGCGGUGGCUAGGAAAACUGCUGUGUUGAAAAUGGAUAUAACUGGUCGUUUGGCCAUCAAUGCAGUGGACAACUUGCUACUUGUUCACCAUCAAGCAUCAAAGACUUCUGUGAUGUUUGACAUUUGCUGGGAUGGUCAGCAAUCUGGAGCAGUCACUAUUCAUCACCCAGUUGUCUCUCCUCUUCCCAUUGCUUCGUGUUUUCUUACUAACACAGGACAAUCCGAGAGUGCAGAGGCUGGAGUGAUGUGUGAGCUUUAUUCGGCCAAUUGGGUUGUCUUUCAACCAAACAUUAUUAUUGAUGCAAGACUUGGGUGUUUGUGGGAAGUUUCAGUUGAACUCGAGCCACUUGUUACAAUGAUGCCAGACAAAGCACGGCUUGUUGACUUUUUGUUGUUACGGCAAGACGCUAAGUCUGUCAUUCUUAAUGUGUGUAAGCAAGCCCUCGUUCCUGGAAGGCGUUGCAAUCUACAGACAAUUGCCCGAAUAUUUGACAAGUUGAAUGGUGUCUACAGUGACAGCAUCCAAAGUCACAUUCCAGUAAGUCAGUUGGAGAAUGUUUUGGCAAUAUUUGCUCAUCAAAUAUAUAAAGCUCAAAUUGUCUCUGUGUGUGUGUGUGUGUGUGUGUGUGUGUGUGUGUGUGUGUGUGUUUGCGUUUGGCGGCCACGUCUUUUGUCCGUUCGCAACCGAAAUCGGCACACACACUCGGCACGCACAGAGGAAGGUUUGCGUAAAAAAAAUUAAAAAAAUAAUGCACCGGGUCCUCUCUAGAGGGGUCUACCCACGUGUAAAAUUUCUCGACGACGCAAAUGCUACACAUUGCAGUUCAUUCGAACACACGCCCGCACCAGUCCCGUGUAGAGUGUAUGCAUCGUCAUCCUUCGCAAAGCUUCGAGCAAUCGAAUAUCUCUUGCCGAUGAAACUUACUCUUCUAGCGCUUUCGUUUCUCUUCAAAUUCCGAUUGCAUUUGCGCCGAAUCCAACCUACACAUUUUCUGCAGCAAGCGCUACACGGGGAGUGUGUCGAUUGCCAUCGAAACAAGCGCGAAGAGCAAGAUUCGAAUUCAUUCAGCACAUCCGGGACCUCGCAACAAAGAUUGCACGUGACGUGUCCACAGACUUAUCUUUACACUACAGUCUUGUCCGUACAAAGGACGGGCCAUAGAUACUAGUUAUUAAUAUUAUUAGAUUGUUUAUUUAUUUAUAGUACUACUAGCCCACCAUCUCGUUCUCCUCAUGGGCAGAUUAGAUUAGUUGUUAGUAAAUUAAUUUAUUGUUGUAUGCACACACACACACACACACACACACACACACACACACACACACACACACACACACACACACACACACACACACACACACACACACACACACACACACACACACAUUCAUUCAUUCAUUGUCCACUACUCCUGUACGAGUUCACGACUUCUCUACUGAUUAGAAUUUAACCAUCGCUUGUGUGCUUGUUCAUGUGCAUAGAGACCAAUACGAGAAUGACAAUCGCGAUGACAUAUGACGCAUACAUAUUGACUUGUAAUUACUCCUUGAGCCAUUUGCUGGUGUUUGUGUCGUUGUUCUUCUAAUUUUUUCAUUCUGUCAUCCUCAAACUUCUUCAGACCAGAUGACACUUUCUGUCUCCAAACCAAACGAUCAGACGCCAGUGACUCUCAAUUGUCCUGAUUGAUGCCCACAUUCUGCAGAUGAUGAUGCAGCAUGUCUUUAUAUCGAAGUUUUUGGCCACCAGUUCUUCUCUUGGCAUUUAACAACUCUCCAUAGAACACUUGCGUUAGUAGUCUUCUGUCAUUCAUUCUUGUGACAUGACCGACCCAUUGUAGUUGUUGUUUUGUUAUCAUACAUUCAAUCCCUGUCAUACCAGAUCGUUUCAGACCCUCACUAUUUGACACUCUUUCACUCCAAUGAAUUUGCAAGAUAUGACUCAGACUACAAAGAUGGAUUUUUCAAGUUCUUUAAUGUUUCUCCGGUAAAGCGUCCAUGAUUGUGACCCAUAUAAGAGAGUUGUAAGAAUUACUGCCUUGUAUACUUUGAUUUUAGUUUUUACUUUGCUACCUCUUUGACUCCACAACCUCUUUUGAAGUGCACCAUGUGAUCUGUUUGCUUUUUGCAAGUGUAUAGCAAUGCCAUUAUUUAUGGUGCAAUCAUCAGAGAUGACACAACCAAGAUAAGAAAAUGUAGAUACUUUUUAAUGCUUCUCCAGAAACAAAGAUAUCAUCAGCUGUUGUUUCUGCUCCUAGAGCAGGUUGAAACAAACAUUCUGUCUUUUUUAUAUUAAUUUG